AUGCAUAUCCUGUUGUAUUUGAGUUUUGUAUCGGUAGCUUUAGCUGCAGCGAAUUUUUAUGAAACCAAAGAUCCAGCCGAUUUAGAUGAAAGUGCAAAAGUAUUUUUGUCAUUGUGGAAACAACAGAAACGCGAUACAAUGAGUCAUUGGUGUUGUGCAGUUACUCCACCAUCGAAGCCGGUUUUUUCUGCUGAUGGUCAUUUGUUACACUAUCAAGAACAACCUUGCCCCGAUACUCAUAUUGUUUGUUGUAAAGGAUUCAUUAAUAUUCAAGGACAAUGUUUUUCGUUCAAUGAAAUUCAAGAUAUUUUACCCGCUUGGGCAGCAUUGUUCUCUACUUUCGGAAGUCAAAUGUCAAUGGAACAAAUAUUGAAUACAGUGCACUCUCUUGGUUAA